AUGAUGCAGGAAUCUGCGACAGAGACAAUAAGCAACAGUUCAAUGAAUCAAAAUGGAAUGAGCACUCUAAGCAGCCAAUUAGAUGCUGGCAGCAGAGAUGGAAGAUCAAGUGGUGACACGAGCACUGAAGUAAGCCCAGUAGAACUGCUGCAUCUGCAACAACAGCAGGCACUACAGGCAGCAAGACAACUUCUCUUGCAGCAGCAAACAAGUGGAUUGAAAUCUCCUAAGGGCAGUGAUAAACAGAGACCACUGCAGGUGCCUGUGUCAGUGGCCAUGAUGACUCCCCAGGUGAUCACCCCUCAGCAAAUGCAGCAGAUUCUUCAGCAGCAAGUACUGUCUCCCCAGCAGCUCCAAGCACUUCUUCAGCAGCAGCAAGCAGUCAUGUUACAGCAGCAACAACUACAAGAGUUUUACAAGAAACAGCAAGAACAGUUACAUCUUCAGCUUUUGCAGCAGCAGCAGCAACAACAGCAGCAGCAGCAGCAGCAGCAGCAACAGCAGCAGCAGCAGCAGCAGCAGCAACAACAGCAGCAGCAGCAGCAACAACAGCAGCAGCAGCAGCAGCAGCAUCCCGGAAAGCAAGCGAAAGAGGUAGGUUCUGCUUAUCUCCUUGGUAGAUCUCCUAGCCAACAGCAGCAACAGCAGCAGUUGGCAGCACAGCAGCUUGUCUUCCAGCAACAGCUCCUCCAGAUGCAACAGCUCCAGCAGCAGCAACAUCUGCUGAAUCUCCAGCGUCAGGGACUCAUUUCCAUCCCACCUGGCCAGUCUGCUCUUCCUGUCCAGUCUCUGCCACAAGCUGGCUUAAGUCCUGCUGAGAUUCAGCAGUUAUGGAAAGAAGUGACUGGAGUUCACAGUAUGGAAGACAAUGGCAUUAAACAUGGAGGGCUAGACCUCACUACUAACAAUUCCUCCUCUACUACCUCCUCCACCACUUCCAAAGCAUCACCACCAAUAACUCAUCAUUCUCUAGUGAAUGGACAGUCUUCAGUUCUAAAUGCAAGACGAGACAGCUCGUCACAUGAGGAGACUGGGGCCUCUCAUACACUCUACGGCCAUGGAGUGUGCAAAUGGCCUGGCUGUGAAAGCAUUUGUGAAGAUUUUGGACAGUUUUUAAAGCACCUUAACAAUGAACAUGCUUUGGAUGACAGAAGUACCGCUCAGUGUCGGGUGCAAAUGCAGGUUGUGCAACAGUUAGAAAUACAGCUUUCUAAAGAACGUGAACGUCUUCAAGCAAUGAUGACCCACUUGCACAUGCGACCCUCAGAGCCCAAACCAUCUCCAAAACCUCUAAAUCUGGUGUCUAGUGUCACCAUGUCGAAGAACAUGUUGGAGACAUCCCCACAGAGCUUACCUCAAACCCCUACCACACCAACGGCCCCAGUCACCCCGAUUACCCAGGGACCCUCAGUAAUCACCCCAGCCAGUGUGCCCAAUGUGGGAGCCAUACGAAGGCGACAUUCAGACAAAUACAACAUUCCCAUGUCAUCAGAAAUUGCCCCCAACUAUGAGUUUUAUAAAAAUGCGGAUGUCAGACCUCCAUUUACUUAUGCAACUCUCAUAAGGCAGGCUAUCAUGGAAUCAUCUGACAGGCAGUUAACACUUAAUGAAAUUUACAGCUGGUUUACGCGGACAUUUGCUUACUUCAGGCGUAAUGCAGCAACUUGGAAGAAUGCAGUACGUCAUAAUCUUAGCCUACACAAGUGUUUUGUUCGAGUAGAAAACGUGAAAGGAGCAGUAUGGACAGUGGAUGAAGUAGAGUACCAGAAGAGAAGGUCACAAAAGAUAACAGGAAGUCCAACAUUAGUGAAAAACAUACCUACCAGUUUAGGCUACGGAGCAGCUCUUAAUGCAAGUUUGCAGGCUGCCCUAGCAGAGAGUAGUUUACCUUUGCUUAGUAACCCAGGACUGAUAAAUAACGCAUCCAGUGGUUUACUGCAGGCAGUCCACGAAGACCUCAAUGGUUCGUUGGAUCACAUUGACAGUAACGGAAACAGUAGUCCAGGCUGCUCUCCUCAGCCUCACAUACAUUCAAUCCAUGUCAAGGAAGAGCCAGUGAUUGCAGAGGAUGAAGACUGCCCAAUGUCCUUAGUGACAACAGCAAAUCACAGUCCAGAAUUAGAAGACGAUAGAGAGAUUGAAGAAGAGCCUUUAUCUGAAGAUCUGGAAUGA